UAUCUACUGAAUUUUGGACUCAUUUUUCGAUAUUUCGGACUUAAAUCCAGCCCAGGCCCAAGGUGCUCAUUUAACAAACAGAAUGCAUAGCAAAGGAAGGGGUUUGUUGAUUGAGUCCCUGUGCUGCUGAGUAAAGGAUCAUGCUUGGUUUACGUGGAUCAGUAGGAACCGUUUCCGAGAUUGGUCUUCGACUCCUCCAAAAUUUAUCGCUUCGUGGUGUACGCGUCCAAUGCAUUAAUAUUGGAGGAGGAGUUGGGGAGAUUCCAGACAGCAAGCGCCUGAGGAUUGCUCUACAGCACAUUCAUGGAAUUGGGCGCUCUAGAGCGCGCCAAAUUCUCGCCGAGCUUAGCAUUGAGAACAAACUCGCCAGGGAAUUAACAGGAAGAGAGGCCUAUUCUCUCCGAGAGGAGCUCUCUAGGUACAUGACUGGGCAUGACUUGCACAAUCAAGUGACAAAGGACAUAGCAAGAUUGAUGGAGAUUCAGAGCUAUAGAGGGAUAAGGCAUAGUCAGGGGUUACCAUGCAGAGGACAGCGCACUCACACCAAUGCCCGGACCUGGAAGGGUAAGGCAGUUGCAAUUCCAGGAAAGAAGAAAGCUUAACUAUUGGGAUGCUUCUCUUCUCCAUUUCUUCGGUUUUGACAUGUAACUCAGUUUGAAGGGUGUUUUAUUUGUAGCUAUUUCGAAACUUUAGUUCUUUCAGUUUUAUGCCAUAUGACUUUUCAUGUCCUUGAUUUUCUCAAGGAAUAAGCUUUCGGUUUUUCCAGAAUGGGCAGGCAUUCGAUUUUUUGUAUUUUCACAUAAGCUUUAAUAGCUGUGGCCUUGAAAUCGGUAGGGCAACUCAAUUGGAUGGGUGCAGCUUUAUUGUGGUGGUUUGGAUUUU